GGACCGACCGAUCCUGCGGCUGUUGGGCAGUCCCUAAGGACGGUACCCCCGGCGGCCGGUUCCGAGGGAGGGGGUGUGGAGUCCUGGAACGCGCACCUGCGGGCGGGCUGCAGCCAAAGGACGUCCCCUCCCGGGAAAGCCCUUUAAGACCUUCAAAGAACUUUCCACUCAAGAUCCCUAGGAUGUAAUUUGUCCAAAUAUCCCCGUUUUACAGAUGAGGAAAAGAGAAUUUUUUGUCUGCAAGCUCAUGUUUCUCAGCCCUGAGGAGGAAGAUCAGCUCCGAGGAGGAUGGAUGCCAAAGCUCGGAACUGUUUGCUUCAGCACAAGGAAGCCCUGGAAAGGGACAUCAAGACUUCCUACCUCAUGGAUCACAUGAUUUCUGAUCAAGUUCUCAGUUUGUCAGAGGAGGAGAAAAUAAGAAAUGAGCCUACCCAGAAGAAGCGAGCAGCUUUGCUAAUUACGGUAUUACUUGGAAAAGAUAAUAAUUCCUACAUAUCUUUCUACAAUGCUCUGCUACAUGAAGGGUAUAAGGAUUUGGCUUUCCUUCUCCAAAAAGGUCUUCCUCUUUCUUCAUAUAAUGGAAAGGAUCCAGUGGAUGGAGUGACUUCAUAUGUGAAGACAGUGCUGUGUGAAGGUGGCGUGCCACAGAGGCCUGUUGUAUUUGUGACUAGGAAGAAGCUGGUGAAGUCCAUCCAGGAAAAGCUUUAUAAGCUGAAUGAUGAACCAGGGUGGGUCACAGUUUAUGGUAUGGCAGGCUGUGGGAAGUCUGUCCUUGCCGCAGAAGCUGUCCGGGACCACAACCUAUUAAAAACAUGCUUCCCAGAAGGUGUGCAUUGGGUCUCUGUGGGCCAACAGGACAAAUCUGGUCUCCUGAUGAAACUCCAGAAUCUGUGCACACGGCUGGACCAGGAUGGUGCUUUCUCUCAGAGACUUCCACUUAACCUUGAGGAAGCCAAAGAUCGUCUCCGUUUCUUGAUGCUGCGCAAAUACCCAAGGUCUCUUUUGAUCUUGGAUGACAUUUGGGAUUCGUGGGUGCUAAAAGCUUUUGACAGUCACCAUCAGAUACUUCUCACAAGCAGAGAUAAGAGCGUGACUGACGCCAUGAUGGGUCCCAAAUAUGCUGUCCCUGUGGAGAGUGGCUUAAGAAAAGAAAAAGGAUUGGAAAUCUUGGCCCUCUUUGUUAAUAUGAAGAAAACAGACCUGCCCGAACAGGCUCAUAGUAUUGUAAAGGAGUGCAAAGGUUCCCCUCUUGUAGUAUCUUUAAUUGGUGCCCUAUUACAUGAUUUCCCCAAUCGCUGGGGCUACUACCUCAGGCAGCUUCAGAAUAAGCAGUUUAAAAGAAUUAGGAAGUCUUCAUCUUAUGAUUAUGAAGCCCUGGAUGAAGCCAUGUCCAUAAGCGUGGAAAGGCUGAGUGAAGACCUCCAGAAGUAUUACAAGGACCUUUCCAUCCUGCAGAAGGAUGUUAGAGUGCCUACCAAGGUAUUAUGUAUUCUCUGGGAUAUGGAGACUGAAGAGGUCGAGGACAUCCUACAAGAAUUUAUUAACAAGUCCCUCCUGUUUUAUGAUCGAAAUGGAAAGUCUUUCCGUUAUUACUUACAUGAUCUUCAAGUAGACUUCCUCAUGGAGAAGAACCGUGACCAACUCAAGGAGUUGCACAGAAAGGUGGUGACUCAGUUCCAGAGGUACUGCCAGGCGCAUUCCCUCCCUUCCGACCAAGAAGACUCCAUGUACUGGUACAACUUUCUGGCAUACCACAUGGCGAGUGCCGACAUGCGCCAGGAACUUUGCAAUCUAAUGUUUUCCCUUGAUUGGAUUAAAGCAAAGACUGAAUUAGUAGGACCUGCUCAUCUGAUACAUGAGUUUAUGCGAUAUAGACAUUUAUUGGACAAGAAGGAUUGCACUAUCUGUGAGAAUUUUCAAGAGUUUUUGUCUCUCAAUGGACACCUUCUUGGACGCCAGCCAUUUCCUAAUAUUGUGCAACUCGGUCUCUGUGAACCUGAAACUUCUGAAGUGUAUCGACAGGCCAAAUUACGGGCCAAGCAGGAGGUCGAUAAAGGGAAACUUUACUUGGAAUGGAUCAACAAAAAAACCAUCAAGAAGCUCUCUCGGCUGGUUGUGCGCCCCCACACAGAUGCUGUCUACCACGCUUGCUUUUCAAAAGACGGACAGAGAAUUGCGUCCUGUGGUGCCGAUAAAACCUUACAGGUGCUGCAGGCAGAGACCGGAGAGCGGCUCCUGGAAGUGGAGGCCCAUGAGGACGAGGUGCUUUGCUGUGCCUUUUCCAAGGAUGGCCUCUUUAUAGCCACCUGCUCGGCAGACAGGAAAGUGAAGAUUUGGAAUUCAAGGACUGGGGAGCUGGUACACACCUACGAUGAGCAUACGGAACAGGUCAACUGCUGUCACUUUACUAAUAUGGAGCACCACCUUCUCUUAGCCACUGGAUCCAGUGACUGUUUCCUCAAACUCUGGGAUCUUAAUAAGCAGGAGUGUCGGAACACCCUCUUUGGUCAUAUGAAUUCAGUGAACCACUGCCAGUUCUCACCGGAUGAUACACAUUUGGCUAGCUGUUCAGCGGAUGGAACACUGAAGCUUUGGGAUGUGAGCUCAGCCAAUGAGUGCAGUAGCAUCGAUGUGAAGCAGCACUUCCUGACUGGAGAUGGGCGUCAGGACGAUGUGGACGUGGUGGUGAAAUGCUGCUCCUGGUCCAACGAUGGGGCUCGGCUGAUGGCGGCUGCUGCAAACAGGCUCUUGGUUUUUGACGUCCAGAGCAGGAACCUUUUGGGGGAAAUUCACACUAGCCACAGCAGCACCAUUCGCUUCUGUGAUUUCUUUCCCAAGAGUCACCUGGCAGCGGUGGCUCUGUCCCACUACUGUGUGGAGCUGUGGAAUACGGACACGGGUUUGAAGGUUGCCGACUGCCGAGGACACCUGAGUUGGGUUCACUGUGUGGCAUUUUCUCCUGAUGGGUCUUCAUUUCUGACGUCUUCUGAUGAUCAGACAAUCAGGCUCUGGGAGACUAGGAAAGUAUGUAAGAAUUCCGCUAUCAUGUUAAAGCAGGAAGUAGAUGUUGCGUUCCGGGACGACGAAGUGAUGGUUCUUGCAAUCGACAACAUAAGACGUCUACAACUAAUUAAUGGAAAAACAGGUCAUACUGAUUAUCUGACGGAAGCCCAUAAAUCUCGAAUUAGCUGCUGCUGUCUGAGUCCAGGCCUGCGAUUUGUGGCAUUUGGAGAAGAAGAUGGGUCCAUAAAGAUUCUAGAGCUCCCCAAUGGAAGAGAGUUUCGAUCUCGAAUAGGGCAUGAGAAGGCUGUACGCCGGGUGCAAUUCACACCAGAUGGGAGAACCCUUAUUUCGAGCUCCGAUGACUCUACGGUUCAGGUGUGGAACUGGCAGUCAGAGGAAUUUGUGUUUCUCAAAGCACACCAAGAGCCUGUGAAGGACUUUCGGCUCUUGCAGAAUUCACGGCUCCUGACCUGGUCGUUUGAUGGCACAGUGAAGGUUUGGAACAUCCUUACUGGCAAAGUAGAGAAGGAUUUCACUUGCCACCAGGGUACGGUUCUCUCCUGUGAUGUUUCUCCUAAUGCCACCAAGUUUUCAUCUACUUCUGCUGACAAGACUGCAAAGAUUUGGAAUUUUGAGAGCAGUUUCCCUCUUCAUGAGCUGAGGGGUCACGAGGGCUGUGUUCGAUGCUCUGUCUUUUCAGGAGACAAUGCCCUCCUGGCGACUGGAGACGACAAUGGAGAAAUCAGGAUCUGGAGCGUCUCCAGCGGCGGGCUGCUGCAUUCCUGCCUCCCGCUCACUGUAGAGGAGGGAGAGGCCACCUACGGGGGCUGGGUGACGGACCUGCACUUCUCUCCCGACGGCAGGAUGCUCGUGUCUGCGGGCGGCUAUCUGAAGUGGUGGGACGUGGACACCGGGGAAUCCUUGCAGACCUUCUACACCAAUGGAACCAACCUCAAGACAAUCCACGUGUCCCCUAGUUUCAGAGCAUAUGUGACUGUUGAUAAUCUCGGGAUUUUAUAUAUAUUACAGGCAUUAGAAUGAGAUCACUAAGGCCAGUGUAAGUGAGCCUCAGCUGCUUGUGGAUAGAGGUUUGGAACUGGAGGCGGGGAGGUCCUGAACAAACUGUAUUGCAAAUCUUACUAAACUGUGAAUCAUUUUUCAGUAUUGAAUUCAUUACAAGUGCUUGUUGUCAGGUGAAUAAUGUUUAUGUAGAUUUUUCCCCAAAUGAGGCACACCUUUAAUCUUGUUUUCCAUAAUCAUUAUUAUUGUUAACAGUUUGUACUUUCGGAUGCAAAAGGAAAUUUGUGUGGCUUGUUAUACUGUUGAUAUAAUUCUAUUUUCAGAUAUAUUCAAAUUGGUUCACAUAAUUAAUGAGGCUUAGUAGAAAGAAAGAAGGUAUCUGGGAAGAAGAAUAAAAGCCUUUCAGGUUUGGGGACUAGGCCUAGGGAAGUGCCUUCCCAGAGCAAAUCUACCCCCUCCCCACUUCCCACCAUUGUGGAGGAAGACUUUGAGAGAAUAGCUCUCUUUUGAGUUAUUUUUUUUGUAUCCCUAAAUGUGCUUUAUGAGAAGCAGUGCAUUAUAAUGGCUACAGAGGGGCCUGUUGGCCUUGGAAUUGGGCCUCAGUUCCUGCCCCUACUUUUUAAGACUCUGAGUUGCAGAUGAGUGACUGAUUUGUAUUAGUGGAGGGAAUUUUCACACCAGAGGGAUCUACGAGUAUAAUCACAGGACUGGGUUAUUUCCCCAAAACUGCUUUACAAAUGUUUGGUGUUUGCAAUGUUGAGUUGCACUGGAUGUACAGUGAACCUUUACAUUUCCUACUUGUACCUUUGUAAAGCAGUAACUGGAAGAAUGAGGAAAAACUGAAUCGUAUUAACUCACAUAUGUUCACUCCCCCUCUCUCCAGCGAAUGGCCAUGACACCAGGGAGGUCAUAUUGGACCAGACAUUAGCAGAUUCCAGAAAUGUGAUUUGGGACUGAUGUCAGACUCCUCCAUUGUUGAGCCCUAAGUUAUGAGAAUCCACUUAUUUAGAGUGGGCAAAUACUUUUCUACUGGAAUGCAGUUUUGGGCUAGGGAGAAAGUUAAACUAUAGAUUUAAUUCCACGCUGAUAUUCCUAUCUGCUUUUUUUUGAUGAAUAGAAUGACUGUUCUGCUAAUUUCUCUGGGUCUCAGUUUCCUUAUCUACAAAAUGGUCUAGAUGAUCAUCAGAGAUGACCUUUACUUUCAAUGAAAUUUAAAAACUGCUGUUAUUCUUUUAUCAACAAAGAACCCCCUAGGAUUUGGUCCACGGUUAAAGGAAGGGCUUGACAACUCUUAGGAGUGCCAGUUGUAACUUCAUAAGGUUUUUUUCCCCCUUUCAAAAAGUAGAUGUUCAUUUCAGGGUGCUUUGGAUGUCUCAGGACUGUUUUGAAAUCUGCUAAAUGAUCUAGCCAAACUUGAGUGCCACUCAAUCAGAGGCAAAAUUGUGCCUGAAUUCAGCACUGAAUUCAGCAGUGGGAUGAAAGGAAUGGAGAAAUGAGGGAGUAUCAUUGCAUCCUAGAUCUCUAGCCCAAAGGGAGCCUUGGGGGUACUUUUGUUCAACCCUCUUCUUUUACAGAUGGGGAAACUGAGGCCCUGGAAGGUGAGGUGACUCUGCCUAAGGUCCCAUAGAUGUUAGGUAGCCAAGUGAGGACCUGAACUGUCAGGGUUUUUUCUCCAAGCCUGGCAUUCUUUCUGCUACAACAUGAAAGCUGUGAAAUGAGACCACUCUCACCUUGGCUACAUUCCUUCCCCUUUCUGAGCCUCAAUUUUGCAGUCUAUAAGUUGGGGAUCAAUAAUGCUUUUGCCAUCUGUCUUGAAGGGAACAACUGUUGACCUGCUUCCAAGUGUUACAGAAAUGUGAUUUGUUCUCGAUGUAAAUGGGGGUGGUUAGUACAGCCAAGCCUUUUGGUAUUUUUUAAAAAUGUCAUCUGCUAGUCUUAAGAAAAGGGAAGCUAGAGAUGUGGUGGGUGUUGACUGACAAGCAGCUCCUUUCUGCCAGCUGUGCCUAGCUGGUGGACUUUUGGAGAGCCAGAAAACAUUCCAUGGAACCUAUUUUUAGAAUGGGUGUUUCAGUCCAGUUCCCAUUCAGGACAAUUCUAAUACUCAUCGAUGGACAAGGAGAGUAAAAAAGCAAACCAACCCCAAACCCGCUGGCGGUUCUCCAUAAGCUAAGUUUUUCUCAUGGUGAAUGGAGAAAAACAGUCUCAGGUAUAUGCUAUUCAAACCAAAACUGAAAUGUGAAUAUUUCAAGGCUUUUUUUGCCUCUUGAAAAAGGAAAUGGAUGGUAGUUAUCAUAUAAAUAGCCAGUUCCCUUUUGUCUAGUCAAAAUUUGAUUUGUGGCAAUAUUUAUGUGUGCUUUUCCAGAAAAGCUUUUGCCAUACACAGAUAGGCAUACCAGUGGAGUUUAUUCAUAGAAUCAUAGAUUUAGAGAUGGAAGGAAUCUUGGAAGCUAUUGGGUCUAGCCAUCUCAUGACAGAUGAGGAAACUGAGUCACAGAGAAAUUAGCUGAUUUGCCUGGUGUCUCACAGCUAGUCAGUGUCUGAGGCAGAAUUUGACUCCAGGUCCUCCCAACUCCAAGUCUGGUGCCUUCUGCACUUUCCCAUGUUGCCUCUCAUUGUUUUGGCAUUCCUUUUCUAGCACGUAUGGGCAUUGUUGCCUUGAGGAUCAUUUUUUUAUGUGUGCACCUCAUCCAGGGCUUCCAAGAGUGGCAGCAGAAGGAAAAAGGACAGUGUGCCAGGGUUCUCUAAUGACUAAAGGGCCGGCCCCUUUAACCACAAGAAGUGACUCCAGAGCAAGGGCAGCUUUGUUUUGUAGCUUUCCUGGGACCCCCGAGAAGUCAUACCUCUGACCAUUCUGCUCAGGGGUUUGCUUUGGGAAUCCCAGCUUGGCCUCUGGCUGUGUGUUUUCUCUGUGACCAUACCUUGUGUACUUCUUACUGUGUAAGUAUCCAACAAAUGCUUCCAGUUUGUUUUCCCUUUGCGAUGCAUUUUUUAAACGAAUUUUAAAGAUGUUUGUAUGAAUAAACUUUUUGAAUCCUU